ACGGCCGGGCGCGCGCCGCUGCGAGGGGCGUCCGGGUCCCGGUCGGCGGACCCGGCCGGCGCGAGGUGCGGUCGGGCGGGCCGCGGGGGUCUCGGGCGGACACGGGCGCACACGCUCCCGGAGGAGCCUUCUCGGAGGCUGCUCUUCCUCGGCCAGACGGAGAGCGGCAGUGUCUCCCCGCCCAGCACACACUCGCCCCGCGUCUCCCCCCGCGGCGGCUGCUCCUCCUCGGCACCGCCAGCCCCAGCGCCGCUCCGGGGCGGGCGGCGGCGGCGGCGGGACCCGCGGAGCCGCUUUGUGUGCAGCCCGACGAGGGGCGGCGGCGCAACCACCUGACAGAGGCCCGGGAGCUCGAUGCACCUUCCGCCCGCAUGAGGAGGAGGAGAGGCCGGUAGAGGACUGUGAAAGAAAAGUUGUCCCUCAGGAUGGACUUCACCGCGCAGCCCAAGCCUGCCACUGCCCUCUGUGGCGUCGUGAGUGCAGACGGGAAGAUCGCUUACCCUCCGGGGGUAAAGGAGAUCACCGACAAGAUCACCACGGAUGAAAUGAUCAAGCGACUGAAGAUGGUAGUAAAAACUUUUAUGGAUAUGGAUCAGGACUCAGAAGAUGAAAAACAGCAGUAUCUCCCACUAGCCUUGCAUCUUGCAUCUGAAUUUUUCCUCAGGAAUCCCAAUAAAGAUGUGCGUCUUCUUGUAGCAUGUUGUUUGGCCGACAUUUUUCGAAUCUAUGCCCCAGAAGCUCCAUAUACUUCCCAUGAUAAACUUAAGGACAUAUUUUUGUUUAUUACCAGACAGUUAAAAGGUUUGGAGGAUACAAAGAGCCCACAGUUUAAUAGAUACUUUUAUUUAUUAGAGAACUUAGCUUGGGUUAAAUCAUACAACAUCUGCUUCGAAUUGGAAGAUUGCAAUGAAAUUUUUAUUCAGCUUUUUAGGACUCUCUUCUCAGUGAUCAACAAUAGCCACAAUAAGAAGGUACAAAUGCACAUGCUAGACUUGAUGAGUUCUAUCAUCAUGGAGGGUGAUGGAGUUACUCAAGAAUUAUUGGACUCCAUUCUUAUUAACCUCAUUCCUGCACAUAAGAACUUAAAUAAACAGUCCUUUGACCUUGCAAAAGUCUUACUGAAAAGGACAGUCCAAACUAUUGAGGCAUGCAUUGCCAAUUUUUUCAAUCAAGUCCUGGUGCUGGGAAGAUCAUCAGUAAGUGAUUUGUCAGAACAUGUAUUUGAUCUGAUUCAGGAACUUUUUGCAAUAGAUCCUCAUUUGUUAUUAUCUGUCAUGCCGCAGCUUGAAUUCAAACUAAAGAGCAAUGAUGGAGAAGAGCGAUUAGCUGUUGUUCGACUUUUAGCUAAAUUAUUUGGUUCUAAAGAUUCUGAUUUGGCAACACAGAAUCGUCCUCUUUGGCAGUGUUUUCUUGGACGAUUUAAUGACAUUCACGUUCCCGUGAGAUUAGAAAGUGUGAAAUUUGCCAGUCACUGUUUAAUGAAUCACCCAGAUUUAGCAAAGGAUCUCACAGAGUAUUUGAAAGUUAGGUCACAUGAUCCCGAAGAGGCUAUUCGUCAUGAUGUCAUUGUUACUAUAAUAACAGCUGCCAAAAGAGACCUUGCCUUAGUAAAUGAUCAACUCCUUGGCUUUGUAAGAGAAAGAACACUGGAUAAACGGUGGCGAGUAAGAAAAGAAGCUAUGAUGGGUCUGGCUCAGCUUUAUAAGAAAUACUGUCUUCAUGGUGAAGCAGGAAAGGAAGCUGCAGAGAAAGUCAGCUGGAUAAAGGACAAACUUUUGCAUAUUUAUUAUCAGAAUAGCAUCGAUGACAAACUGUUGGUAGAGAAAAUCUUUGCUCAGUAUCUUGUCCCCCACAACUUGGAAACAGAAGAGAGAAUGAAAUGCUUAUAUUAUUUAUAUGCUAGUUUGGAUCCAAAUGCUGUCAAAGCUCUCAAUGAAAUGUGGAAGUGUCAGAACAUGCUUAGAAGUCAUGUACGAGAACUGUUGGAUUUGCACAAGCAACCUACAUCAGAGGCUAACUGUUCUGCCAUGUUUGGAAAGCUGAUGACCAUAGCAAAGAAUUUGCCUGACCCUGGGAAAGCACAAGAUUUUGUAAAGAAAUUUAACCAGGUUCUUGGUGAUGAUGAAAAAUUGCGAUCUCAGCUGGAGUUAUUAAUCAGCCCAACCUGUUCAUGCAAACAGGCAGAUGUUUGUGUGAGAGAAAUAGCUCGAAAACUUGCAAAUCCUAAGCAGCCAACAAAUCCUUUUCUAGAGAUGGUCAAAUUUCUGUUGGAAAGAAUUGCACCUGUGCACAUUGAUUCAGAAGCCAUAAGUGCACUGGUAAAACUGAUGAAUAAAUCAAUAGAGGGGACAGCAGAUGAUGAAGAGGAGGGUGUAAGUCCAGAUACAGCUAUUCGUUCAGGACUUGAGCUUCUUAAGGUUCUGUCUUUCACACAUCCUACCUCGUUCCACUCUGCAGAGACAUAUGAGUCCCUGUUACAGUGCCUCAGAAUGGAAGAUGACAAAGUAGCAGAAGCUGCUAUACAAAUUUUUAGAAAUACAGGCCACAAAAUAGAAACAGACCUACCCCAGAUACGAUCGACCUUAAUUCCCAUUUUACAUCAGAAAGCAAAGAGAGGUACUCCACACCAAGCAAAACAGGCUGUUCACUGUAUACAUGCCAUAUUCACAAAUAAGGAAGUCCAGCUUGCACAGAUUUUUGAGCCACUCAGUAGGAGUCUGAACGCUGAUGUACCAGAACAACUUAUAACUCCAUUAGUUUCAUUGGGCCACAUUUCUAUGUUAGCUCCAGAUCAGUUUGCUUCCCCAAUGAAAUCUGUAGUAGCAAAUUUUAUUGUGAAAGAUCUGCUAAUGAACGACAGGUCAACAGGUGAGAAGAAUGGAAAAUUAUGGUCUCCAGAUGAAGAGGUUUCCCCUGAAGUACUAGCAAAGGUACAGGCAAUUAAACUUCUGGUAAGGUGGCUGUUGGGUAUGAAAAACAACCAGUCUAAAUCUGCCAAUUCAACUCUUCGAUUAUUAUCAGCGAUGUUGGUUAGUGAGGGUGACCUGACAGAGCAAAAGAGGAUCAGUAAAUCUGAUAUGUCUCGCUUGCGAUUAGCUGCUGGUAGUGCCAUAAUGAAGCUUGCUCAGGAACCUUGUUACCAUGAAAUUAUAACCCCAGAACAGUUUCAGCUCUGUGCACUUGUUAUUAAUGACGAGUGCUACCAAGUGAGGCAGAUAUUUGCGCAGAAGUUGCAUAAGGCUCUCGUGAAGCUACUGCUCCCAUUGGAGUAUAUGGCGAUCUUUGCCUUGUGUGCCAAAGAUCCUGUGAAGGAGAGAAGAGCGCAUGCACGACAGUGUUUGCUAAAAAAUAUCAGCAUACGCAGGGAGUACAUUAAACAGAAUCCCAUGGCUACUGAGAAAUUAUUAUCACUGUUGCCUGAAUAUGUAGUUCCAUAUAUGAUUCACCUGCUAGCCCAUGAUCCAGAUUUUACAAGAUCACAAGAUGUUGAUCAACUUCGUGAUAUUAAAGAGUGCCUAUGGUUCAUGCUUGAAGUUUUAAUGACAAAGAAUGAAAACAAUAGCCACGCCUUCAUGAAGAAGAUGGCAGAGAACAUCAAGUUAACAAAAGAUGCCCAGUCUCCAGAUGAAUCCAAGACAAAUGAAAAACUUUAUACAGUAUGUGAUGUGGCUCUCUGUGUUAUAAAUAGUAAAAGUGCUUUGUGCAAUGCAGAAUCACCAAAGGAUCCAGUCCUUCCAAUGAAAUUUUUUACACAACCUGAAAAGGAUUUCUGUAAUGACAAGAGUUACAUUUCAGAAGAGACCAGAGUACUUCUGUUAACAGGAAAGCCAAAACCUGCUGGAGUACUAGGUGCAGUAAACAAGCCUUUAUCAGCAACGGGAAGGAAACCAUAUGUUAGAAGCACCGGAGCUGAGACUGGAAGCAACAUUAAUGUAAAUUCAGAGCUAAACCCUUCAACCGGAAACCGAUCAAGGGAACAGAGUUCAGAGGCAGUAGAAACUGGAGUUAGUGAAAAUGAAGAGAACCCUGUGAGAAUUAUUUCUGUCACACCUGUGAAGAAUAUUGACCCGGUAAAGAAUAAGGAGAUCAUUUCUGAUCAGACCACCCAGGGCAACAUCAGCAGUGACCGAGGAAAGAAAAGAAAUGUAGCAGCAGCUGGCGCAGAGAACAUCCAGCAAAAAACAGAUGAGAAAGUAGAUGAAUCAGGACCACCUGCCCCUUCCAAACCCAGGAGAGGACGCCGACCCAAGUCUGAAUCUCAGGGCAACGCAACCAAAAAUGACGACAUAAACAAACCUCUGGGCAAAGGAAGAAAGAGAGCGGCGGUCGGUCAGGACAGCCCCGGGGGUCUGGAAGCAGGUAAUGCCAAAGCACCGAAACUGCAAGACGGAGCCAAAAAGGCAGCACCAGCAGAGAGACAGAUUGACUUACAAAGGUAAAAAGAAAACUCAUUUGCAAAGGGAGAAAAUGAAAGCCAAGCAGAAGCAGGCUCCAGCUUCUGCAAAAACUUGGAUUCAAAAUGUCCCUAAACAGAAGAUGAAGUUAACUUCAGAACACACUUUCUGCCUUGAAAACUGAAAGAAACUACUACUUCCUUUUCACAUGACCACAAGUCCUUUGAUGGAAAUGUACAGCAGAAACUCUUGAGAGAGAGGCUAAAGCAACUCUAUUCUUCCCUUCCCCUAGACUUUUCUUAGGAAAAGUCAAUAAUUAAGCAAAUUGCUUAACACUUGGUUCCAGUUCCUGCAUAUCUGGAGUUUAAAGGCAUAAUACACCAUUUAUUUCCAUGCUGCAGUUUUUAUUUUAAAGAAAGUAACAGGAUAUCCUUACACUGACACUGAAAAUUCACCAAUUUUAGAGCCAGGAAUUCCCAUGAUACACAGAAAACAAACAAACAAAAAAAAUAGAAGUCUACUGAAUUAAUUUUUUAGAAGAAAAGAGAUCAGAUUAAAUAUUUCUUUGUUUUUCCUUUUGGAAACUUUUAUGUAUAAUUCUUUCUGCCUGCCUACUUUUCUGCAAAAAUGAGAUGUACAGAUUUCAGUUCCCUGCUAUGAAAAGUGAUGUGGUGGCAAUUUUAUAAAUGUUGCUUUCUGAUUUUUAUCAGAGUGAGAAAAUAAUUAAAAUUAUUAUUGAUUUCAUAUCACUUCAUAUUUUGAUUUCCCCUCCAUUUUAGUUUAAUAUAAUUUGCAAUAAAUGUACAUAUUGUUGUUUGUUUCAUAAAGCAUAUCACUUUAAAAUGGUUUUUACUCCUGUGAUUAUGUUGGAAUAUUUGGAAUUUUAAAGGAGUAAAGACUGCCCAGCAUUUGGUUUUAUAAUGUUUGUCACCAGAUUUUUAUUAUUGAUGUAAAGAAAAAGUCAAUUUUUUUAAAUAGUUGGACUUUGGCAGCUUUGUAAGGAAAGUUGGAGGUGUUUAGGAUGGCUAUCAAGCUUCAGCACUGUGCUGAUGGGAAAUAAGUAUUUUGCUUUUGUCUGCCGGUCUGGGCUCAGUUUUUAUGUUUAUUUUAGAAGACAACUGUUGCAUCAAUAUAUUGUUUCUUGGCAUUGUUCAGCAUAGGUAAUGUGUGCACUUUUUGUGUACACAUACUCAUAUUUAAGUUUUUUGCAUAAAAUAAAUGCUUCUAGAUGUC